AUGGGCGGACAUGCAGCAGCACACUUGCAGGCUCCGCGGACUAGCCAGGGGAAUAAGGGAUACAUCCCGCAGCCAAAGGAAGCACCUCUACCGACCGUCUCCAUAACACCUCUCGCUGACACGAAACCGGAGCGCGGGGCCCUCGAUUCUAUCCCCGUCACCAUGGGUUGCGUCAUACGUCUCACCAGAGGGGGCGGCAACCAGCAACGGCCUCCCAAAAGAGUCCGGUUCUUGGAACCUCCCACUCGCCGCUCUCAUCCUGAUAGUACGGGGCCUGCUGAAGCUCGAGCUCAGUGCUAUGCUGAGAACCAGCAUCACAGACCUGGCGCCGCUGCUCCCCCGCAGUCGCUGCGGAGCACAGGUCAGGCUCCCUUGCACAUAGCGGAGGUACAGCAUCUGAGUAGGGUGUGCGCCAGCCAGGGGAUCCUUCACAGCCAUGCUGGAGUUGAAGAUGCUAAAAUAUGGAAUGGCAUAAAGUAUGAGCGUAGGACGACGGGGCCGUUCGUGGGAAGAUUCGCGUCGCGGGGCGCGAUCAUUAACAUUGACGGGGAGGACUAUGUCGAGUAUCGCGUUUUAACGAAGCCAUCCUUCUUGUAA